AUGGACGAAAAUCAAGGCGACCUGAUCGCCCGACAAUUUGAAGCUCCAGAACGUUUCCAAAACUCACAGGUGAUGCGACGAAUGUACGGAAACGUGAAGCGAAACUGCGCGGACAUUUGGAUGAACGGCUCUUCUGUUCUCUUCGUUGUCCGGGGCGCCGACAUCUUCCGCCGGCUGACGAACUGGGCCGGCUUGGCGGAUCCGGAAGAAGCGCGCAUCAGCUGUCCGGGCUCGAUCCGCGCUCGCUACGGCGUCGAUCGGCUGAACAACGCCGUUCACUUGCCAAGGGACAUGGAGGAGAGCGAGGCACUGCUGUCUGGAUUGUGCCCGGCUGGGGCAGAAGAGGAAACCACCGAUUAUGACAUCUCCAUUGAAUGCGGCUCACUAGCCGACUUGGAGGACAGCAUUCAAGAAAACAUCGUGCUCGUUUUCGAACUCGAGCGCGCGGGCGAAUUGAUCGACCAAUUCAACCGCUCCAACUUCCGCAUCAUCGGCUUGCGAACAGUGCGCUUCACCAGAAACACGGCGAAGAAGAUCUUCAAGACGAACGCGGUGGCCAAAGCAGUCGCCAACAAACCCGUUCUUUGCGCAGUUGUCUGGAGAAGCUCGAAUUGUGUCGAGACUCUGAAGGCGCUGGACAAGGGCUUCAUCUAUCAAUCUGCCAGCUACGAAGAAGCAGCCGAGCAAAUUCCGAAGAUCUUCGCGGAGCUUUUGAUUUCUUAA